AUGGACGUCGAACAAUCCGUAGGCACAGUGGCCAAUGCAGAUAUCGCCGACAAGGACAAGCCCAAGCACCAGACCCCAUCACUGUCCUCGGAACGAUCGAUCGACCAUGGCGAGCACGACUUGUUAGCAGCGCAGGUGGACGCGGUGCUGGCCGCUAAAAUGACCCUUGUCAACGACACUAUCGACGAGAUCGGAUUUACUAUCCACCACUGGAAGCUCUUCUGCCUGAAUGGCUUCGGGUAUGCGGUCGACUCGCUUAUUCUGUUGAUCCAGUCCAUCAUUGCGGUCCAAGCCCGGAAGGAAUUCCAACCCAGCUACCCGACUGGCCUGACCAUUGCGGUGUAUACCGGCAUGCUCGUUGGUGCUAUAUUCUGGGGGUUUUCCGCCGACAUUAUCGGGCGACGCUUUGCCUUCAACGUGUCCCUCUUCAUCUCAUCCGUCUUCACCGUCGUUGCUGGGGCCUCGCCCUCGUGGAUAGUGUUGGGGUUGUUUGUUUGCUUGAGUGCCUUCGGCGCCGGGGGCAAUCUGGUCCUGGACACCACCGUAUUUCUGGAAUACCUGCCCAGCAAGAAUCAGUGGCUGCUGACCCUCCUGGCGGCGUGGUGGGGCCUUGGACAGCUCAUUGCGGGCCUUUUCGCGUGGGCCUUCAUCCCCCGAUACUCGUGUGCCGAUGCGGCCAACUGCACGAGCGCCAACAACCAGGGAUGGCGCUACAUCUGGUACACAUCGGGCGCCUUUGUGUUUGUGCUUUCUGUCCUGCGGGUCACUAUCGUCCGACUGGAGGAGACCCCCAAGUUUCUUCUGGCCGAGGGAAAGGAUGAGCAGGCGGUUCGCGUCCUCCACAACAUUGCGAAUCGCUAUAAUCGCUCAUGCAGCCUCACAAUCGAGCGCCUGCGCGCCUGCGGCGAGACGGCACAUCGCCAAACGACCACGGCGGGGAUGACUCAACGACUGAUUUCGCCAGGUGAGGUUGCCUUCCAUUUCCGUGGACUCUACGCAACUCGAAAAAUGGCUCUAUCGACCUCCUUGGUGUGGUUCUCAUGGCUUCUCAUUGGCCUGGCUUACCCGUUAUACAACGUGUUUUUACCAACCUACCUCGCUUCACGCGGCGCUGCCUUUGGACAACCCAGCGAGUACAUCACCUGGCGCAACUAUGCCAUCAAUAACACCUGUGGUGUCUUUGGCCCCAUUUUAGCAGGCUUUAUGUGCCGCUCGGGCUGGUUUUGGGGCCGCCGCGGCACAAUGAUCAUUGGUGCAGUGGUCACAAUGGUAUUUUUCUUUUGCUAUACGCAGGUGCGCACUGCCGCCGAAAACCUUGGCUUUACCUGUGCUAUCUCCUUCUGCUUGAACAUUUACUACGGUACUCUCUACGCGUACACUCCAGAGGUUCUUCCCUCGGCCCAUCGAGGGACUGGGAAUGGCGUCGCUAUAGGUCUCAAUCGAAUCAUGGGAAUUGUCAGUGCGGUCGUGGGCAAUGCCGCCAAUUCCGGUCAGGGUUGCGAUGAUUUGACUGAGAAUACUUGUAUACAAGCCCGGGGCGCGGGAAUGAGACAAGCAACGGAAGUCCAGGCCGGAUUUGCGGAGAUUCCCGGUUAG